GCUUCAUAAAAACGUUUACGUGAUAUUACGAUUUUAAUAGAAUAUCUGUAAUUAAGUUGUCUUUUUAAUAAUAUUUAGUGCUAAAAAAUUAAUUUUAAUUUUAGGGAAAUUCAAAUCAGUUAGAAAUUAUCACUUUUUAUACAACCAGAAAUACACGCAUCAUGAAAUAGUAUACAACCCAAAACACAGAGUAUUGCAAAUUGCAAAUCUGAGGUUAGAAAUAGAAAGUUUUGUUUGGAUUUUUCUCAGACUUUUCCUUUCCUGAAAAUUUCCAAAAUGUCUUGCCCGUUUUUAUCGAGAUUUAACCAAUCUUACGUGAAAAAUUAUGCACCAAUUCUAAUAAAAACGUACGGAAGCCAAUGCCCGGUUAUCUCCAGAUCCAUGAACCAUAUAGCUGGCGAAAACGAAUCGCAAGAGAAAUUAUCAACGGCAUCAAAAUGUCCUUUUUUAAAAAAAGUUCCCAAUGCUGUUAAGGAAAUAAAAACGGAUGAGGUAAUAGAGGUAAAUCAAGAAAGGAAACCUACAAAACCUACUACUGAUCAAAACUUCGCGUACAACGAAUUUUUCCAAGAACAGAUUUUGAAAAAGAAAAAGGAGCAUUCCUAUAGGAUUUUCAAAAAAGUUAAUCGACUGGCCGGAGAUGGACAAUUUCCCAAAGCACUCGAGUACACUUCUGGAGAGAAACUAAUUACUGUAUGGUGUUCAAAUGAUUACUUAGGCAUGUCUUGUCAUCCUAGUGUUAAAAAUGAAGUCAGAAAUGCUUUGGAGAAAUUUGGUUGUGGCGCAGGAGGCACAAGGAAUAUUGCUGGAAACUCCAUUCUACAUGAAAACCUAGAAAAAACAUUAGCAGGGCUCCAUAAAAAAGAAGGGGCUCUGUUAUUUACUUCGUGCUUUGUUGCAAACGACACAACCCUAUUCACAUUAGCAAAAGCCUUGCCAGGUUGCCACAUUUUUUCCGAUGCUGGUAACCACGCAUCCAUGAUUCAAGGGAUAAGAAAUAGUCAGGUUCCGAAGCAUAUUUUUCGACAUAACGAUCCAGAACAUUUGGAAGAGUUGCUUAAAAAUGUCGAUAAAGAUGUUCCAAAAAUAGUGGCUUUCGAAACGGUUCAUUCAAUGUCAGGGGCAGUGUGCCCUCUCGAAGAAUUGUGUGAUGUAACUCACAAAUACGGGGGUUUGGCUUUUAUUGAUGAAGUCCAUUCUAUUGGGUUGUACGGUGAGCAUGGAGCAGGUAUUGGAGAAAGAGAUGGUGUAAUGCACAAGAUGGAUAUAAUAUCGGGAACUUUAGGGAAAGCAUUUGGCAACAUUGGGGGAUAUAUUGCUGCAGACUCAAUUUUAAUCGACACAGUUAGGUCUUACGGUGCUGGAUUUAUUUUUACCACCUCAUUACCACCAACUGUCCUGGCUGGUGCUAAAAAAGCUGUUGAAAUCCUCGCUUCUGAUGAGGGAAGGAUGUUGCGAAAAACACAUCAAGAAAAUGUGAAAUAUCUCAGAGAAAAACUGCUGGAAUAUGGGUUUCCUAUUGAGCACACUCCAAGUCAUAUUAUACCAAUAAAAAUAGGCGAUCCUAAAAAAUGUUCUGCAGUGAGCGAUACCCUUUUAAGUGAAAAAGGUCAUUAUAUUCAGGCAAUUAACUAUCCAACUGUCUCAAGAGGUCAGGAGAGAUUAAGAUUCGCCCCUACGCCUCACCAUACGAAAGAAAUGAUGGAUUUACUUGUGUCUGACUUGAAAGUAGUUUGGGAAAAAUUGGAACUGCCAUUCACCGGACUACAAUGUAGAAAGGAAUGUCAGUUCUGUCAGAAACCGAUUCUGUUUGAUUACUACGAGUCUCGAGAAAAAUGUACUAUUCCAAACUGCCCAAAUAUCGCUUCAGCUGCGUAAACAUAUCUUUAUAUUAUUACAGUUCAAUUUACAAGCCUUAAUAGAAUUUGAAUAGAUAACUCAUAUUUAAAAUAUGUAUUUGAAUUAAAGGAUUUAAUUGUU